AUGUACCCUAUGAGAUACAGCAGGUUUAAAAGAAUACCUCAUGAAAUUACUCAAAUGAGAGUGUCGAGUUUGAUAAAGAAGAAACGUGAUGCCAUUACAAAGGAAACCUCGAACAAUAAAAAUAUAGAUUGGACAGCAUGGGACAAUUGGAGCAUUUGGAGUGCGUGCAGUGUAUCUUGCGGGCAAGGACGACAAGUCCGUUGGCGUCAUUGUUUGUCCGCAGAUUGCACUAAAGGUCUCAAGAAGGCACAGUUGAAAAGCUGCUAUCUGAAGAAUUGCGGUACCAAAGGCAUCCUCGGCUGGCUCGGGAUAAAAUCGUGA